GUCACAGUAAGAAUGCUGAGCCCCACACACAACCAAGCUCUGGUCUCCUUGUUUUUCCUUGGUCUGGAUUACUAAAGCCCACCAACUUUAAAGCAGCAUGUUCUUGGAAUCAGGAGAUCUGCGGUUUGCAGCUGACGCCAAAGUAUUUGUGAUUUAGAAUCUGAUCGUUUACUUCAGGAAAUGCACUUCAAUCAGAUAAAUAAAUAUUGAUUUCAUGGCUCUCUUGAAGAUGCACUGGACACCAGAGCAUGCCCAGCCUCUUAACCAGUGGCCAGAACAACACCUUGAUGUUUCUUCGACAACUUCCUCCCCAGCCCACAAACCUGACAUUUUCAAUAGCAGGCAGAGAUUAAACUACGCCUGGGCAAACGAUGACAUAUCUGCACUGACUGCUUCAAACCUGUUGAAGAGAUAUGCAGAGAAAUACUCUGGGGUCCUGGACUCACCAUAUGAGCGACCUACACUAAAUACCUACACAGAUGGAGCUUUUGGGCCAGUUAAUGGACAGAAGGGUGAUGUUGAGCCUUGGCAGAUGUCACAUGGGUCUGAUAGCUCGUAUGCAGUUAACGCCUUACAUGAUAGCCUGUCUGGCUCCAAAUCAGGCAAUGGGCACAUUGGACUUGGCAGCCCAACUGUAGCAUCUGGUAAUAUAUCAGAUCCUAUUUAUCCUGGUGGUACGUGUGGAGGGCCUAACCCAGGUGGUCUAGUGGGGCCCCAAGAUUAUACCUCAACUUAUAGUGGCACCUACCUUCCGUCAGGUUACUGUAGUCAACCCACCUCAGCACUUCCACCUACGCAUCCAUCAUCUCUGCAUAGCUCAGGACUUCAGCCCACGCAUGUGUCACCGGCUUUGGUUCAUGGUUAUAGUUCCUCGGGCACAAUUUAUAACUACAGUUCAAGCAGUUAUCCCUCUCAGCCUACUUAUGGAGGAAUGCAUCCAACACACCCUCCAGGAUAUCUGCCUUCAGGUAUUGCUGCACCCACACCUCUUCCACCACAUACUAUGUCCUCUAAGCCCCCUGUGGUCCCUGGUUAUACUUACCAAAGUUCUAGCUUAGCACCAGUUCCUGUCCCUCCUCUGAGCACAGAGUCAGGCAAUUCCCUAAAAAGGAAAGCUUUUGACUUAGCAGCAGCAGAGGAAAGUGAAGGCAGGUAUAGAAAAUACAGCUAUGAGCAACCAAAGUCUACCUCCGAUUCUUCCUUUCAGAUGUCUGAUGGUGUUACAAAUGAAUGCCGGGGCAAUGGAUUCAGCCGUAAUGGAGACACUCCACAGGUGCCCUUUAAAACUGGAAAACGCCAUGCAGAAGACGAGCAAGGAGGAAAGUAUAAUAGCCAAUCAAUAAAAUCUAUGGUCUCGCCAACAUAUACUGAGGAAGGGCCCCUGAGAUCAAGUGAAACAUUUGGUAAGUUCACCCCCCCUAUAAUUAACGGUGAGCGGAGAGGUAAUGAACAGGGACAUGUUUUUGCACAAAGAAUGCUAGUUUCAGGGAUGAAGCCACCAAUAUUUUGUAGCCCAUCUGAAGAUCAGUUAAAAAGUAUGGACCCUCUGAUUCUGGAACUUGUUAAUAAUGAAGUUGUUGACUGUGGCCCUCCAGUCCAGUGGACUGAUAUAGCUGGCCAAGUGUCUGUGAAAGCUGUAAUUGAGGAAGAAUUAGUGUGGCCUAUCCUAAGGCCAGGAGCGUACACAGGAGCUAACCGGCCUCCAAAGAGCAUUUUACUAUUUGGGCCCAAAAGUGCCGGGAAAACUUUGCUAAGUAGGUGCAUUGCGACCCAGCUUGGCUCCACACUUUUGAAGCUCAGCAGCACUAUGCUUCUUUCUAAGUGGAAGAACGAGAGUGAAAAGAUCCUACAGACUGUAUUAUUCAUGGCAAGCUGUCAUCAGCCUGCUGUGGUGUUAAUCAGCGAGAUUGAACUGCUUCUCUCAGUUCACGUAACUGAGGAGAACACUCACCUGCAUAAUCUUAAGUCUCAGCUGCUCUCCUUUAUGGAUAAUAUAGCUACCUCUUCUGAUGACAGCAUCAUCUUCAUCGGAACCUCACAACGUCCUGAUGAUCUCGAUGAAAUUGCUCACCGUAGGUUUGCAAAAAGAUUUUACAUUUCUCCCCCGGAUAAUCUAGCUAGAAGGCAGAUACUCCACCACACCUUGGCUCAGCAAAACUACUGUCUUAGCGAAAGGGAAAUGGCUUUAUUGGUCCAGAACACCGAGGGUUAUUCAGGAAGUGAACUAAUUCAACUUUGCCAACAGGCUGGGGCCACUCAUCUCCAUGGCAUUUCUGGUCAGCUGCAGCCAACGUCCUACAAAGACUUUGAGGGGGCAUUCUGUAAACUUCAGGCCAGUACCUCUCAAAAACAAUUGGACUUAUAUGUGGAAUGGAAUAAAAUGUACGGUUCCAGACACUGACAAUGGAAUGACUUUAAUGGAUCGCAAUGAUGACGCUACACUGGCAUUUUUGUUAUGAGUGCGUGUUAAGUCUUUGACUUAAGUGAAGACUGAGGGGAAGAAAAUUAUUUUAUUUUCUCUUCAAAACCUAAAUGUGACUAGUAGAUGCCAAAGGGAAAGGCAUCUAUUAAUAUGUGUGUGUGUACAUAUCUGUACAGAUAUAACCGCUCCUUCGAAUGUUACAGAAAAGAACAUCUGCAACUCUUUUUUUUUUCAUUUAGAAAACUGUUAAAGACAUAAGUAGCUCUUCACUGUACUCAGGAUAGCUUCUAUUUAUUGCCAAGUGUUGGCAGUGCCACUGCAGUUUGAUGAACAGGAGUUCCGAGUAUACCAAGCUCUCAAGGGCUUGUAUCCACUAGGCGACCUCACUUACAUAGAGUUUUUUUUGUCAGCCAGAAAAUACAGCCCUUUCAUGGCACUUUGGGAGUCCUCUUUACACUUGACAUAAAUUAGGUGACCAGGCUACUUUUGAGGCUCAAGAACCAACAAGUAAGAAGGGAUGGAAAGACAAGUACACUGCUAGCUAGAUUUUAGGAAUGUUUUUUUCCUUUAUUUUAAAAUUGUGUAGUUUUUUUAUGUUGUGUUUCCAGUGUUUCUUUCUAAAUACUCAGGAAAAGUUUACCUCCAAAAGAAUGUUUUCUUUUUUUUUGUUUGUUAGUUUUAAGAAUGUUCUCUUGAAUAUCACACAAAGUAAGAGACCACAAUAGUACUUGAAAUUAUUACAAGGAAUUAAUGUUGAAUGUAUUAUCAGUGUUUUCACUCUAGGUAACAGAAACCUAAAAUACAAUAUCUCACAAAGGUUACAACAGUUUUUUUUACAUUGUUAUUGUAGAGUUGGUAGAGUAAUGUAUUUCCAAAAUGUUUUACUACCACGGUAUGUUGGAACUUUCAGCAGUACCACUUUUUGGAUGACCUUUUAAAUAUUUUUAUGUUCCAUGUUUUGAUCGAUUAAGAAUGUAUUUUGUUAGCUAAUCCAGGCAUUUACAUCGAACAACACUGUUUUUUUUGGUUUGUAAUAUUUUUACAGUUCAGAAGUUGUUUACAUCUUUAAUGUAUAUUACUUUGUUCUUGAUCUUGUAUAUUAAUUCAGUCCCGGCAGCUACAUACUUGCCAGAAAGACCUAAUUACCUCCAUUACAGACCCUCUUCUGCACUCAUCUGUUUGGAACAACUGGUCUCCAUUUAAAGCUUUUAAACACAUGACAGCGGGCGAUAUACAAUUCUAGAUUUACUGCCCAUAUGGGAAAGUGAAAUACGAACUCUUGUUGCACUGCUUGGAUAUACCAGUUGCUUGAGUGAAUAAAUCCUCGGGCCACACUGUGCAACUCUUAAUUUAAUAUGGUUUUUGCAAACCAUUAGCUUGAGAAAAUAAAGUGUCAAAGAAAAAAAAAAAUGCCAAAAUUACCAAAGAACUAUUUUAUGAAGAAUGUGAAAUACCAAAGUGUUUAUCCUUGUAGGAGUGGAUUGUUCUUUGUAUACCGGAGGAUGUACAUUGAACUCCAGAUUGUAGAAUGUCUCCCCAUACAGUUUACGCAGAGCUCAUUCCUCCGUGAGCUAAGCAUCUCAUCAAAAUUGUUUACUAAUUAUGAAGACUGUUCUUCUUCUUUUUUUGUGUAUGCAUCGUUUUCUUGUGAAAAUGUGUCCCCUUUAAACCAAAGUUUGUUCGUAGAGUAAUAUUUAAGAACAUUGUAAUAGAAAAUUCUAUUAGUUUUAUAGUACAUAUUUAAUCACCCGACCUCUGUGUUAUACAGUUUGGAGACCUGUAAUAAAAAAUAACCUUUUUUUUGUUGUUCUUGUAAUAUUGACUGAAACCAAAGAA